ACACAAUGGCACAAGUAGUAGAACGUUUGUUAGAAACAACCGUAGAGCAGUUGCGUAUCUUUCAAAAGCUAAAAGUGAUAACAGAACACGAAGCGAAACAAAUUAGUCGCAAGAGAAGGAGUCUGGAAAGAAAUCUUCUUCAAAGGGAAACAACCCCAAAACACUACUUUCGAUAUCUUCAGUAUGAACACAACGUACAGCUGCUUUUGAAAAGACGAGUGAAGAAGCUUGAUAGAAAGGAUGUUACUUCAAUCGACAAGACUAGAUUGAGAAGGGCUUUAUUCCAACAAGAUAGCCGAGUCAUGUUCUUAUUCAACCGUGCCAGUCGAAAGUUUCCUAUGGAUUGGACGGUGUGGAAAAAUUAUUUGAAAUAUUGUUUACAGACCAAUAGCUCUAGACUGGCUAGUCGGGUUUUAGGAAGGGCGUUAGCAAGGUUACCAAACUUGGAAGAGUUGUGGUUGAUAGCUAUCUCCUUCGAAUUUGAUCAUAGAAAGAAUAUGCGAGCUGCAAGAGUUAUAGCACAGAGAGCUCUGAGACAGUUGGAGAACUCUCAAUUGCUAUGGAAAGAAUAUUUUCGAAUAGAAUUAUAUUAUCUUUGCCGACAACUAUUUCAACGACAGUAUCUAGGUUUACCGAUACCUGAAAGGGAAAAAGUAGAGAACUCCCAAAGUUUCACUGAACUUAAUCAUAGAGAUACAGUAUGUUCACAGGAAGUAAGCGACGAUCAUAUUCCCCUUCAAGAUAGCGAUAUGGAGGAAGACAAUGAAGAUAAUCAACUUUUGUUGGACGAAGAGCUUGACCUUGUUUAUCGAGACAUCUCGCAGCAUUCAUCCAUUUCUCAUGAUAGUACAAAAGGAAGCGAUCAAAACCAGACAAUUUCUAUUUCUGUAUCGUUUUGGGAAGGCUGUACAGUGUUGUUGAUUUUGAAGCAUAUCCUUCAAAAAUGGGAAACGGAUGAUCAUUUUCUUGCAAGCUUAGUUCAACUUGUUAUGGAGACACCAUUUAGCCCCCAAGUUUUGAAGAAUGAAAUAAGGAGUUUGAUAUUCUCAAAGCUGCGAACUUACGAAAACUGUCGUCUAGCAUUAGUGAAGGGUUGGUUCCAAUCGGAUUCCAAUAGUUUGAGUUCAUUUCAGUGUAAUGAACUUUUGGACCAACUCAAAGAAAUUGUUCGAGAUAUUCCUACACGUGACGUAUUGAAUAGAUGUUGUGAAGUAAUGGAUAGUUUGUCUAUGAAAGAGGAGCUGAAGCAAUCGUUUUUAAAUUGGGUGAGUAAGCUGGAUAGGAGUUUAAUCGAAGAUUCGCAUACAUUGAUCAAAACUAUUCAAAGUGAAUCUUUGGACAGUCUGAUAACAACAUGGCAGCAUAUAAAGGAUGAGAAGGAGAGAAAGAAUAUGGAGUGCUUCAUUAUAGAUCGGUUGGAACAAGAAGUUUUUGAUAGUAAGGAUGCAAAUGUUGACAACAAAAAAGCUUUGUUGUCCAUUCAGUUUUUAAAUGGCGAAAUGGGGACACUGGCAUCAUUGAAUAAUUUGGAAUGUCUGGAACGAAUAAGAAAGCUCUAUGAUAGAAUUCUUCAUCUUUGUCCUAUGAACGUGUCAGUGAUUCGGAUAGCUAUUCAUGUGGAAGAAAGACAGAAUCAUGACAAACAGAGUAUCCACCGUUUGCGCAAGUUAUUUGAUGCUUGGUGUGAAGUAGAAGGAAGUGUGUGUAUUGACUGUUGGUUACAAUAUAUUACAUUUGAACGCAAAUGCAGUGGACCUCAUAGAGUUACUCAACUAUAUUGGAAAGCCAUGAAGAUGCUACAGAACAAAGCAGAAUUUAUGGAGAGAUUUUCACUUUUACAACAUCAGUUACAAGGAUAGCAAGAGAUGUGGAAGACAUACUGAGGUUUUGAUUGUGAUUGAUGGGAGACCGUUCUUAGAAUGAAUUGAUUCCAGUCGCUACUUAUUGACUUAGUCAUCUUAUUUUUUUCUUUAUAAAAGAAGUCUUUAUUCGAAGAUAUAGGAGAUGUUCAGUUUCUUAUA